AGCACAGGCUUCUCCUCCCACACACAAUUUCUUAUACUUGGAUUCCCCGACUUCUUAGAGCACAGGAUCCUCCUCAUCAUCCCCUUUCUGUUGGUCUAUAUUGUGGUUCUGGUGGGGAACGUUCUGAUCAUGUCCAGGAUCUGGGUGGAGAAGACUCUCCAGUCCCCUAUGUACACACUCAUCUCUGUCCUCUUUGCACUAAAUGUUUCUUGCACCACCACCAUUAUGCCGCCCUUCCUACUCAGCUUGGCCUCAAAAGUCUUCCAGAUCUCCUUGUCAGGUUGUUUGGUGCAGAUGUUUCUGAUCUACUUGACCAUUGUUCUUGAGUCAACAGUGGUUGUGUUGAUGGGUUUGGACAGAUACAUUGCGAUCUGUAAGCCACUGCGUUACCAUGACAUCAUGACCACGCGGUUCCUGCUGCUGCUCAUGGCGGUUGGUCUUCUUCGAGGAGUCCUCCUCAUUUGCCCCAUUGUUAUAUCAGUUUCCAAGGUCCAGUUCUGCAAUUCAAACAUAAUUCAAAGCUUUGCCUGCGAGAACAUGGUGCUCCUCAACCUGGGCUGCGGAGACAUUUCCAAGGUGCACAUCACUGGACUGUUUAUCAGGAUCUUCGUCUCAGUGUUUGACGGAAGCCUCAUCCUGAUCUCUUACCUGGACAUCUUCCGCAUUGCCAUGAGGAUCAUCAGAGGACCAGCCCUGAACAAGGCCUUGCACACCUGCGGCACUCACCUCAUGGUGUCCACGCUCAUCUACACUUGUGGACUCUUAUCCUCCAUCCUCUAUAGGAUCGGAGACGCCAUACCGGUCAACAUGCAGAACCUCAUCAGCGCCAUAUACUUUUUCUUUCCAGCCAUGGUCAACCCAAUAAUUUAUGGCCUGAGGGUGAAGGAGAUUAGGAUCUGCCUGGCGAAGAUUUAUGGGAAGAGGAAAUUAAAUCUGAAGAAACUGACACAAAGUAGCAAAGUAACCUCAAUACAAACUCUACAAUAA